GCCGCCUGGGUGGCGUGGCUCCCGCUUCGUCCACGUCAAAUCCUGCUUGCAGCUUCCUUCCUUCUGCUCAGGGACCAGCAGUGUUUGUGACAGAAAGAUCCCGGGUGGUGAACGAUGGGGGACAUUAUCCUGCCUCCCCGCCUGUUCCUCUGGUGCAUGGCGCUCAUCUACAUGGUAGCUUUUGUUUCCCUCUACGUGCAGAUACCAGGUCUGUAUGGGAAUGAUGGGCUGCUCCCUGCCCGCUGGCAGCUGCGGUACACUGGGAAGCCUCUGCUGGACCAGCUGCUGUCCUCUCCCUCUCUCCUGUGGCUGGGUCCCCACCUGGGCCUGGACACUCAAACCUCCAUGGAGCUGCUGUGUCUCACCGGAGCUGCUCUGAGCCUGGCAGCCAUGCUGGUGGAAGCUCUCAGGGACAGCCUGGUCUUCUUCUGCCUCUGGGCCUUGUACCUAUCCAUGUACCAAGUGGGCCAGGUGUUCCUCUACUUUCAGUGGGACAACUUGCUGCUUGAGACAGGGUUCCUCUGUAUCCUUGUCGCACCCCUGACAUCAGUCAGGGGAUCUCGAGCAGCCAGGGAGCACGAUCGUGUGACCUUCUGGCUGAUUCGUUGGUUGCUCUUCAGGCUGAUGUUUGCCUCUGGAGUGGUGAAGCUCACCUCACGUUGUCCCACAUGGUGGGGCCUCACAGCGCUGACGUAUCACUAUGAAACCCAGUGCAUCCCCACUCCACUGGCCUGGUUUGCCCACCAGUUGCCAGUCUGGUGGCAUAAGCUCAGCGUAGUGGGAACAUUUGUUAUAGAGAUUCCUGUACCUUUACUCUUCUUCAGUCCUCUGCGUCGGCUGCGGCUUGGUGCCUUUUAUUUGCAGGUGCUUCUUCAGGUGCUGAUCGUUCUGUCGGGCAACUACAACGUUUUCAACCUGCUGACGCUGACACUCUGUCUGUCCCUCCUGGACGAUCGGCACGUAAACUUUUGGCUCCGCAAAGCAAACAAGUUUGACGACGAGAACAACGACUCCAAGCUGCUGCCGUGGCUUUGUUACUUAGUGGAGCUGGUGGUGUGGGCUCUCUUGAUCAUUGGAACAAUUAUCUGCUUCGAUCUGCAGGUGGAUUCAGCCAAGAAUGCCAUCUCAUCUCGCACAGCAUUCACAUACCACCAGUUUAACCAGUUUCUGAAGACUGUCACCUUCCCCAUCAUCUGGAUCGGCGUCCUCUCGCUUACCUGGGAGUUGGUCACUUCCAUGUUCAGGUGUGCGUGCGUCUCUGGCUUCCUGAAGAGGUUUUUGGGGAUGAUCCAGUGGACCGUGUUCGCAGCUGCUGCUGUAUCCAUGUUUGCAGUCAGUCUGGUGCCGUUUAGCUUCGUAGAGUACGACUCUCACGCCAGGUUGUGGCCGGGAGUGCGUCAGGCGUUCGGACUAGUGAAUCGCUACCAGCUGGCCAACUCCUACGGCCUGUUCAGAAGGAUGACAGGAGUCGGUGGGAGGCCGGAGGUGGUCAUUGAAGGGAGCAAGGAUGGGAACACAUGGACGGAGAUUGAGUUCAUGUACAAGCCAGGGAACCUAAGUGCAUCUCCUCCUGUGGUGACGCCACAUCAGCCCCGGUUGGACUGGCAGAUGUGGUUUGCCGCUUUGGGGCCUCAAACCCAGAGUCCAUGGUUUACCAGUCUGAUGUACCGACUCCUACAAGGCAAAAGAGAAGUGAUUGAACUGAUCCAGACGGAUGUCUCCAAGUAUCCAUUUCACGAGGAGCCGCCCGCCUACCUCCGAGCUCACCGCUACAGAUACUGGUUUACUGAACCGAAGGCCGAUGGAUCUUAUCCAGAGCGCUGGUGGAGGAGGGUCUAUGAUGAGGAGUUCUAUCCCAGAGUGCACUUGGGCAACACCUUCCUGGAUGGCAUGCUCAGCCAGUUUGGCCUAAAGGACAAAUCGGCCCCACGUCGGGUUUCUAACGCCACUGUUGCCCAGGCGGUGAGGUGGGUGCGCACUCAGGUCAGAGGCGUUCCAGCCCACACGCUAAUCUGGACCCUCAUUGCCUGCUGCGCCACCUUUUGUCUUCUUCCGGGUUUGCGCAGCAAGAAUAAACAUGCUGAACAGACUGCAGUCACCCAUAAGAUGGCUGAGAAGGUGAACGAUCACACUGAAGGUGUUAAUGAAGACUUGUCAGAUCCAGAGGAAAAACAGGAGCAGCAGGCAAAAGAGGAGGAAGAUGAUGAAAAGAACACUGAAGAUGAAGAUGAAGAGGAGGAUGAUGAGGAAAAUGAGCAAGAGGUCAUCAAUGAGAAUGAGGAGGAGGAGGAGAUUCCAGACAAACGUUUUUGAAGGAGUUUAAGACUUUAAUCACAACCUGCCUUAAAAAAGCCAAAUAACAUCUCUUCUUCCUCAUCAGCCAGCCUGUCUUCUGCCCCAAUUUACUUCAUCUGUAUUUCCUCUAAUGUUGAGAAAGAAAACAUUCCUGGUUGAGGAAACCAGAGUGUAGAAUUCAAAGUACUGAGCUUAGGUCUGUUUAUCAUGGGAGUAAAUGAAUAUCGCUGA